AGAGCCAUCACAUCAGCUCAUCCAACCAUCAGCAAGCAAGCAGCCGAACCGAGGGCCUUCAAAAUUAAUGAAAUCGAAGCAUAGAGCUGCAAAUUUUGCUUGGUAGUUUUGUACUUGCGUUUUGCUGUCUUGAUUUUUCUCGGUGAUAAUGUAACUGUUUGGUGUUGAAAAUGUCCGAAAACUGCAGUGAUAAGUGUCGUCUUCGGUGUGAAACAAGUAUUUAGAACAAAAAACUGUUGGCAGGCGCAGGAAUUGGAAAUCAAAGGAAAAUAGUUCCAACUAGUUCAGACGAGCCAUAAUUGGCGAUCAAUUAGACGAUACUUACUUGGCGUGUGUGUAUAAACAGUAGCCAUACUCUCCUCAGGAGGGAACUACUCUAUCCGGACACUCCAACGAUGUCGUCUCGUGGAAGCAGCGUCGUUGGGGGCCCUAGCGGCGCAACUGUCAACAAAUGCCCCCAUUUGGACAACGUGGUACAAGUAUCGCUGGUGGAGUUGUGCAAACUCAAGAAGGGAGAACCAUGUACCGAGUGUGAUGCAAACGGGCCAAAUCUGUGGAUUUGCCUGCAGAAAAACUGUCUCCACAUCGGUUGCUCGGAACAGUACAAUGACCACAGUACCACCCAUUUCCAAACGAAUCGUUCCCAUUGUAUUCAUAUGAAUCUAUCUUCGCAACGGAUUUGGUGCUAUCUGUGCGAGUUUGAAGUUUUCUUGAGUCAACUGCAGCAAAUUCGCCGAACGUCGGUGGUGAGCAAUGACUCCAGUGACACCAGCCGUUAUUCCAAUAGCGAAAAACUCCUCAUGUACGGCGAUCGGUACGCUGGCGGUGGCGCGGAAUCUUGUGAUAGUAGCUGUGAGGAUGACGAUUUCGAAAGGCAGAAAUGGAAGGGUCUUGUUGGAUUACAGAAUAUUGCUAAUACGUGUUACAUGAACGCUGCACUUCAGGCCUUGAGUAAUAGUCCACCUUUGACGGGCUAUUUCUUGGAUUGUGGCUCUAUUUUGGAAACUGAUUUGUUGGGUAAUCAAGCGACAUCGAAGCCAGGUCUGGCCAAGAACUAUCAUAAGCUGAUUAAGGAGAUGUGGUGUCGAAACCGUCGCUAUGUUGUGCCAAGUAACAUUCUCUAUGGAAUCCGUAUCGUUCAUCCAAUGUUUCGAGGAUAUCAGCAACACGACACACAGGAAUUUUUGCGGUGCUUCAUGGAUCAAUUACACGAGGAACUGAAAGAGGUUUCUAUGCCUCCGCCAGAUAUGCUUUCGUUGCAAGGACGUGACUCGGACGUUGGAGAUGAUCAUUCACCCUGUCCGUCGCCGUCUCCCUCACAAUCAGAAGCCGAGUACGAAACAUGCGACAGUGGUGUUUCGGAGCAAUCGAGUCUUUCAGACGAUGUGUCCAUUAAUAACAAACGGACUCGCAAGCUGUCCAGGUCGCCUAGUCCCAAUGCAACGAACCAAAGAAAUGUUACAUCCAACAGUCGCCAGCAGUCUCCGAUCGGAAGCAACCGCAGCAAUUCUAGUAGCUGCGGAAGUAUGUCAUCGAUGCAACAGCAACAACAACAGCAGCAACAACAAUCACCACAGCAAGGGUCCAAUAACGAGUCGCAGCAACAACCUGCCAAAGAAAAACCACCAGAGCGUUCCAUAAUCAGUGACAUUUUUGAUGGAAAACUUUUGUCGUCGGUUCAAUGUUUGACCUGCGAUCGAAUUUCGACACGGGAAGAGACAUUCCAAGAUUUAUCGCUGCCUAUUCCGAACAAGGACCAUCUUGCGGUUCUGCAUCAAAAUCAUCCCACAAUGCCUCCUCCCACUAACAGUCACCCUCCACCAAUGAGUAACGCUACAGGCGGAAUCACGUGUUCAGAUGCUGUCUACCCAGUUACGCGUGGAGGCUUCCUCUGGUGGGUUUUCAGUUGGAUUAGAUCCUGGAUCUGGGGUCCCGAUGUUAUUCUGCACGAUUGCAUGGCCGCUUUCUUCAGCGCCGAUGAACUGAAGGGCGACAACAUGUACAGCUGUGAAAAGUGCAAUAAGCUGCGCAAUGGAGUCAAAUAUUCUAGAGUACUGGCGCUACCUGAAAUGCUGUGUGUACAUUUGAAACGCUUCCGGCACGAUCUGUCGUACAGCUCCAAGAUUUCCAGCCCGGUAAAAUUUCCUCUUUAUGGGUUGGAUAUGCGCAACUAUCUGCAUCGAGAUUGUAAAUCGGAAGUUACGACCUACGACCUGUGUGCGGUAAUUUGUCACCACGGAACGGUCGGCGGUGGACAUUAUACCAGUUUUGCCAAACAUGACCCCACUGGUAAAUGGUUCGAAUUCGACGAUCAACUCGUGACGCAUGUCAAUCCGGAACAGGUGAAGAACUGUGAGGCUUACGUGUUGUUCUAUAGGAAGAACAAUAGCAAAAUGACGACAAUCCGGGCACAGGCCAGCGAUUUAAUUAGCAUUCAGGAGCACGCUUCUGACAUCAGGUUCUACAUCUCCCGCAACUGGUUGCAUCGGUUCAACACUUUCGCUGAACCAGGACCCAUCGACAAUUGGACGCUGCUAUGCCCACACGGUGCUUUUCCGCCCAACAAAGCUCCGUAUCUGUCACGACUGGUGGUACCGAUACCACAAACCCUUUGGGAUUUCCUGUACAAAAAAUUCGGUGGUGGCCCGGUGGUCAACCACAUUUUUCCUUGUCACAUUUGCAAGAAGGCUGCCGAGUCGCUAUCCCGCAGACAGCGAGCCGAAUUGGAAGCAUUUACCGCUUGUAACGAUGAGUAUCAGUACGAGGACACCAUCUACGCUAUCUCGAUGGCUUGGUUCCGCCAAUGGCAGUUGUUCGCUAAGGGCGUUACCACCGAGGAGCCGGGACCAAUCGAUAACAAAAUUAUUGCCAUUCCGGGUGAUUCCAACGUGCCGCUGCGUGCUGUGCGCCAGGGUUCCGAUUACGCCCAGAUAAACUGUACCUUGUGGCAUUUCUUUUACGGCAUUUACGGAGGUGGUCCUGAAAUUGUUCUCCGCGGGAAUCCGGUCCCACCGCCGGAACCGAGAGUGCAAAGACUUUAUAAGGAGCGUGAUGUAGAACCAAUGGACAUCGGUGAUACUGGUCCGCCUUCGUCGAGAUCUUCGACGAUGACGAGCGGAAAGCAGGACUCCGCUAUAGAAGUGACGAUCGACGAGCCGUCGAUGAGUGCCUCGAACACUCCUUCCCAGCAAAAACCACAGAAGAGUGUUUCGUUUGAGGAUAGCGAAAGUUAUAUGGAAAAUGACGGUAGUGGUGAUUGUACCGUGGAAUCGUCCCGAUUGAAGCGGAAACAGUUCAAGCAGCAGAAGGAAGCAAAGAAGAAUGGCGAAGGUGACGGUAAUGAAGGCAUGACGACCAUGUAUCGGCGUAUGAAACACAACAAACAUCAUCAGAGUGGCAGCGAUGAUGGUUCUCUGGAGCUCGGUAACAAAAAGGAACGCCGGCAUCGAUCUGGAAUGAAAUCGAACGGGUUCUUUGGACCGGAAGGUAAAUAUCAAUCGGCCAAUUCGGAAGCAUCCGGCACCAAGGACCUCCCUCGGAUUGCAUCUUUUUCACAAAUGUCAUCGGCCAAUGCUGGUAAUUUGUCGGAGUCCACGAUGACCGAAAACGAACUAACCGCCACCAAAUCGGUCGAUGAAAUUAUGCCCCUUUUGCAUCAGGCAUCUCUGGGCAGUAGCAGCCAUAUGACAGCCGACGAGGAAAUCGGGGACGACAGCGAUGUAAACGAGGAUACCAUGUCGCCCACUUUGUCCGGAUCGUCAACCGGUAAGGAACGUUCUCGGCACCACAGUGGAAGUGGCAGCGGCCGGAAAGGCCACCAUCGAACGGGAAGCAGCGCAUCCGAUACUGGCCCGACGACGAGUGAACGUGGUUUAAUGUCUUUCAGCCGUAAGAAGUUGAAAUCUAAGUACAUGAAAAGUCGUGCGGCCAAAGGUGGCGUGGUGAUGGAUGGAACCAGCGGACAGAUAACGACCGGUGCCGGACUGGUGGUGGGUACAGCUAACGGGAAUGUUACCGAUGGAGAGAAAUGAGAAAAGCAUUCGACUCGGCGUUUUCGCUUUCUAUCGUUUUCGUGAUAAUAAAUUUUCUUUUUGUUAAAGAGAUAGGAGAUAUAUAAGGAUUGGAAAGAUGUAUUAUUAGUUACAUUGUUCAGUUGUUGCUUAUGAUCAUGAAUAUGUUUACUUAUUGGUUUAGCUUAUAAGCUAUGAAAGCAUUUUUUUAUCUAUUCUCAUGUCAAAUUAGAUCAUAAUGAAUAUUGGACGUCAACAUUAGGAAACUUAUCAGAAGAGAUAAAAUUAUGCGUUUUUUCACCUAGUAGGUACAUAGUUGAAAAAGUUAGUUUUUUGUUAAACAUCCCAGGUGAGGUUGCCCUUUUUUGCUGUCCUCUAGAGUUCGUGUAUUCUUUAAGAACGUUUUAUAGCUACUCGAAGCAACAAUUUUGCUUAACAACGAGAACUUGCUUAAAUCUGGAUAUUCUUUGGUUCCAUAAAAAAAUUUAAACAACUUCUACAAAAUUUGGACAACAAUUUUUUUUCUAUGAAAAACGUAAACAUCAUCUUGAACUUUAUAAUCCUGAACUUAAUAAUUUACCUUAAUGACUUUUUAACUAAACUUCGUUGCUUGAGCUUUUGAGGCACUUAUUUUGCAAAUUUCAGAUCAGGGAUUAUCAUUUGAACAAUUCGGUUUCAGAAAAAUAUUCUAAAAUUCGUGCAUCUCUUUAUGCCAAAAUCAGUUCGAGAAAUAAUAAAGAAUGUACAUUUUACAUUUACCCACUUUCAACAUUCCGCCGCAACGAGCAGCGCUUUAAUGUUCUUGCUUCUAUGAAAUUCGUAGCCUUAAAUGCCUAGCUGAUGAAAUAUGUCAAUCACUUGCUGAAAUGAAUACUUACCUAUGUUUAAUUCCUGUUUCUAAAGAGGCUUUCUAUUCUUUUGACUGCAGUUCCUAUCCUAAGACCCACAUAUUCUCAAAAAAUAAAUAUGAUUGUUUCUUAAUAUCAAGUAUCUCUGUAGAUGAAAGAUGUAAAAUCAACUCCAGGAUCAUAUUGCGUUACCAAUCGCGGUGAAGGUCUUUUUGCUUUUGAUAGCUAACGAUAUCUUAGCACAUUCGCUUCUUCAAUGCUUUGCAGGGAAUGUCUUUUUGCAAGGGUUUCCUGGAAAGUCGUCGUUAAUUUAAGUUUCCAAUGGAAGGGUUCAACUUUACAUCUCUACUUAUUAUACAGAGCAAAUUGAUCUUAUUCAUUGAAUAACAUGUAUUUUUGUAGUUUUUAGUAGGUGUUCGUACUGGGAAGUAAUGCAAGCCAUAGUCUGUACUAAUAGAGUGAUAUGUUUUUAAUUGUAAGUUAAGAUCAGAAAGAGUCGUUUAGUUACAUUUAUACGUUCAUCUACAAAUCUGUUCAAAUGUUGUUUAGCGAUAGUUUGUUAUGACCAGAAAGUUAAACGUUGAGUAUGCGGUCUGGAUAAAAAGCAAUUGCCAAUUCGGGUCCCUCGAUUAGAGUGCUGGGACCCCGGGAAAUGUACUGUGUAUUGUACAUGGUCAAAUCAUUUUAAAUUCUGUAUAAGCAGACACCAAUGACAAAUAGUAAGAUAUUCCAGUUUUUGCCAAUCAUUCAAUUCAGCAAAUAUUAUAUAGAAUACUUUCUCAACUUUGCUCAUCUAGAAUAGUAAGGAUUUUUCAUCAUCCUCAUUGAUGAGAUUUAUUAGAUAUGUCCAAGUUCUAAACAGCAGAAAUCCACACAUACCUUCAACAAAACGUCAUUUACCUUUUAAAUAAACUAUUUAAUUGUGCACCGUCGAACGUUUUGCUUCACCAUCAACAGUUACCCGGCAUUUUGGACAUUAUUGUAGGCUUUUAUGGAAAGAAUUCUAUAGAAAUCCGCUUAAUGGUAUACAGUUCGAAUAUACUUUUUGACCAAUAAAAUAUGCAAAAUAAAUUUAUUCGAAAGU